AUCAAUUCGGAGUUUGCCUGGGUGUACUGCCGACCCUUAAUGUAAAUUAAUUUGUCGAGAUGGUGGAUGAAUCAACGAAGAAAACUUUAAGUAACAUUCCAUUAUUGCAAACAAGAGCCAGUCCCAGAGAUAAAGAUUUAUGGGUGCAAAGACUGAAGGAAGAAUAUCAAGCUCUAAUUAAGUAUGUCAAAAAUAAUAAAGAAGCAGACAAUGAUUGGUUUCGACUGGAAUCAAAUAAAGAAGGUACCAAGUGGUUUGGCAAAUGCUGGUAUAUUCAGAAUUUCCUGAAAUAUGAAUUUGAAAUAGAAUUUGAUAUUCCUGUCACAUAUCCCACAACAGCGCCUGAAAUUGCUUUACCAGAAUUAGAUGGCAAAACAGCAAAAAUGUACAGAGGAGGUAAGAUUUGCCUCACUGAACAUUUCAAGCCAUUGUGGGCUCGCAAUGUACCCAAAUUUGGCAUUGCUCAUGCAAUGGCUCUUGGUUUAGGACCAUGGUUGGCAGUUGAGAUUCCAGAACUUAUAGAAAGAGGUGUUGUAGUUCAUAAGGAAAGUGAAAAGAAAUCGUGAAUAUUAUACAUAAAUAGUGGCAGAAUAAAUGCAAAUAUUGGUAAAUAAUAAAUUUUUUAUGCCUAUUA